CGCUGAAAUGCUCAGACCGCUUCGACAUUCUCCGACGAGAAUGAUUCUACGUCAAGUUAUCCAAGAGCGAAUUCGCCCUCGAGAAAGUCCAAUUCUGAGGACACAUGGUGAGCGCUCAAGGAGUUCACAUCGACCCCAAGAAAAUCGAAGCCGUACGCACAAGACACCCGGGAACGAGAAGGAGUUGCAGCAGUUCCUAGGCUUCGCUAACUACUACAACAGGUUCGUGCCACAGUACACGAAAAUCGCAACGCCUCUUCCUGUCCCAGAACAACCAUGGCAAGUGGUUAGCCUAGAUUUCAUCACUGGGUUACCAACUACCACUAGCGGUCAUGACGCAAUCCUCAUCGUCAUCGACAAAUUCUCCAAAAUAGGACACUUCAUCCCGACACACACGACAGUACGCACCGAAGAAACAGCACAACUAUUUGUUCGCUACAUCAUCUCACAACAUGGCAUUCCAACCACACUCAUCUCCGACCGAGACCCCAAGUUCACCAGCAAAUUCUGGAAGGAACUAAUGUUUCUGCUCAGGACCAAACUCACCAUGUCAUCUGCCUACCAUCCGCAGACAGAUGGACAAACCGAGCGCCUCAACCAAAUUGUAGAGCAACUCCUCCGCGCAGCAUGCAAAGACGAAAUCUCUAAAUGGGACUUGCAUCUGCUCGUCCUGGAAUUUGCCUACAACAACGCCACUCACGCCGCUACUAGACAGACACCGUUCUUCCUCUGCUACGGAUGCCACUUGCUCUCGCCACAAAAACUGACAGCAUCAACCACAGUUCAACCCGCACACGACUUCAUCACGACCAUGCAUCAGCUUUGGGAUCGGACCCACAAGCGCCUCCUCGACAUUCAGCAACAACAGAAGCGCCACGCCGAUCGCCACCGCACUGACCACACCAUCACCGUGGGAGACCAAGUUCUACUCGACACCCGCAAUAUUGUUGUGUGAUGUCAUCAUAUGUUAUCACAUUCUGUCUGCCUCCCAUCCCUUGUUUCAAUUCGCACGUAUGGUUUGACUGUGUGUGAAAGAAUUUGUGUGGUGUGUUCUGGAGUUUGGGAAUGUGUUUUGUGUUAUUCUGUCUGAGCAGGUAUUUGUGAUAAUAGAUCUUGAGAAGAUCU